AUAAGAUCAAGAAAAUUCUGUUAAGGGUUUCCCAUUCCGAGUUGGCAAUCUCAAGCUGGUCGAAGAAUCCACAGUGACACCAGCAUCGUAUGCUCUCAAACCCCAGAAGACAAGAAACAAACGACUCAACCAAAGAAAGAACCGAACAAAUUCCCACGGUCUUUCUACCUUCAACUCCGAAACCGGUUCUUCAUUUCCCACUUCAUUUUUCCUUUCCCAAUUUACGCGUUCUAAAUAAACCCUUCUCUCACGUUUUCCCCAAAAUAUAUUCAACAUCCUUUUUUUCUUCCUUCACCACAUCACAUGCAAUGGUUUAUAAAGACACAAAUUCAUUAAGAUUAAGAUCUGCCAUGUGAAAUCGCUUCUUCUAUCAUUUAAGUGAAACUACUUGCUUUUAAUUCGUUAGUUAACUCUCUUGAAUUUCCAUUAAAAAGGGUAUUUUUAGAUUCUAAUAUGACUAGCAAUUGCCAAACUUCUGGUACUGGUCACAGUAUCAGGGGCUUAAUCUCCAACGCUGGUGCUGGUGCUGCUGCUGGGGCAAUAGCUGCUACGUUUGUGUGUCCUUUGGAUGUGAUCAAGACAAGGCUACAAGUUCAUGGCCUUCCACCUGUUCAAAAAGGUAGUGUCAUUGUCACGAGCUUGCAGAAUAUAGUUAGGACGGAAGGCUUCAGGGGAAUGUACCGUGGCCUUUCACCAACGAUACUGGCAUUACUUCCAAACUGGGCGGUUUACUUCACAUGUUAUGAGCAACUAAAGGGCUUGCUCCGGUCACAUGAGGGUUGCAACGAACUCACAACUAUGGGAAAUAUUAUAGCUGCUGCUGGUGCUGGGGCAGCAACAGCAAUAUCUACAAAUCCAUUAUGGGUUGUUAAGACAAGACUCCAAACACAAGGAAUGAGGCCUAAUGUUGUUCCUUACAAGAGUGUUCUUUCCGCUUUGACGAGGAUUACACGUGAGGAAGGUCUACGAGGACUAUAUAGUGGCAUUGUGCCGUCAUUAGCUGGCGUAAGUCAUGUAGCGAUUCAAUUCCCAGCAUACGAAAAGAUAAAGUCAUACAUUGCUAAAAAAGAGAACACAACUGUUGACAACCUUAGUCCUGGGAAUGUCGCUAUUGCGUCAUCAAUUUCAAAAGUAACUGCCUCUGUAAUGACUUAUCCGCACGAGGUAAUACGUUCCCGGCUGCAAGAGCAAGGUCAUGCGAAAAAUAGCAACGGAUUUCAAUAUGCUGGGGUUAUUGACUGUGCUAAGAAGGUGUUUCAAAAGGAAGGAAUUUCAGGAUUUUAUCGGGGUUGCGCAACUAAUCUAUUAAGAACAACUCCAUCUGCUGUUAUUACAUUCACCAGUUACGAGAUGAUACACAGGUUUUUGACACGGACUAUACCACAAAACGAGCCUAAAAAACCCAAGCCUGAAGCCGGUGAUAUUAAUACUAAAAAUGGAGGUGACAGGGAUCAAUCGCCAUCUCAAUCUAACAACAUUCCUCUCGGAAACAAAGAGCAGCUAACAAGACAUUGAUGUGCCUUUUUUGUUUAUUUCUUAUUUGUCCUUUCUCACAUUCAAUUCAUAUCUUGGCUGAGCUGAUUUUUAAUUUUCCUGUUGAUCAUGCAAAUGCUCAAUUUUAUCAGAAUUGUGAAUUAUUAGAAAAAUAAAUAAAAGUGCAAAUGUGAAUAAGCACAAGGCCAUGUUUUGAUUUGUAUUGUUCAAUUGUAUUUGGUAAUCAAUGAAUAUUUCAUUUUUGUAUGCACACAUGGUCCUGGCAAUUAUGUCAUUACAUUACAUCACCUACAUUUAUGUCAAUAGCACAACUUGAGUGGGUGGAUGCUAGUGCAUUCUCUUCAAUACCUGUUUUGGGGGACCAGUCUUUAUCUGUACACAAGACAUGAGAGGGAAAGGAAAGGAUGAUAUAUGAUAAUUAUGGUAGGACCUUGUUAUUGCCAUUUUAAGCAUGCAUUUGAUAUGGUAGGACCAAGCAAUAAGAUUAUUAUUAAUUGUUUCAUGUAAAUGUUAACUUCUCUGGUUCCUGUGUAAAACCAUUAGUAGCUACCACUUUAUUAGAGCCAACAUGGUAUCUUGGUCCACACAAGAUACCAAAGUUUCCUUGUGUUCAUAUAACAUAUUUGAUCAUGAUUCUGUC